GUGUUUGGUCAUGAGGUAUCUGUUGCGAUCACACACUACCAACCAAUGUGCAAUAAAUUAAAAGAUUCGACUCCAACGUAAUAGUUUAUUGAUCUCAUUUUCAACUUAGUCCAAGCUAUGUCAUCGCGUAUACCAAGAGAUGCUCUGUACGCUAAAGAUAAUUGUCGUAACAAACAGGCAAUACUGAAAUUCCUGCAAUUUUUUGAAGAUUGGGAAAAGUUUGAGAAGAAAAUACCUGUUUCGAGGAGUACUUCAGUAGGGUUAAAAGUUACCUUACGGGCAACACUAGAAAUUUUGGACAUGCUCAAAGACGUAUGUGAUUUUAAAUAUUUGAUGACAGCAACUUUAUCCCAAGACCCUUUGGAGAGAUUUUUUUCUGUCAUGAAAUAUUCUUGUGGAGGAAAUGAUCAUCCCGAUCCAAAAAUGUUUGCCCAAGUAUAUCGCUUAGCAUCUUCUUUUUCCCUCAUACGUCCACCAAGAGAGUGUAAUGUUUCGGGCACGGAUCUUCUAAAAAGUCUAGUAGACGCUAAGGAAGUUUUAACUUCUUCAAAUAAAGAUAGCAAAGGUUUAUGGCUUCAAAGCAUCGAUGAUAUGUUGGAAAGCACUGAGCUAAUACUUAAAGGCUCUUCCAUCGACACAGACCAUGAUUACAACGAGGCUGUAACCAGUGAUGCCGUCUAA